AUGACGAAGAAGAAGAAGAUGGACCGAGUCGUAAAUCCCGUCAGUUUUUCGUCACCAGUAGCCGCUCCAGCUCGAGACAACGGGAACAGACCAAAGGUUCCUUCAGUCGUGAAGGGUGUGCUUCUCCGUGGUUAUCAGUCAAAAGAACGAGUACUCACUUUUGAUAGGUUAUGCACUGCCGUUGCCCUCAUAGUGUGCGUCGUAACGGCUGGUGUUUUCGUCAAGUGGGCAUGGGACAAGUUCGCCAGAAGUCCCAUCGUGGUAAACGUGGAGACAACCAACUACCCGCUAUACAAACUGUACUUCCCGGCUGUUACCAUCUGCCCCGCCAACAUCGUCAAGAGAACGGUUGGAGAGGAGCUUCUUACAAGGUACCUGAACGUGAGUCUAGAUGGCAGACUGCAGGAGGUCGUGCGGAACGUGAUGGGCGCCCUAGCCAUUUGCCAACAUCCCUUCUAUUACAGAAUGCAAGAUCAUCUCGAACCAAUUCUCGACAUCCUGCCACAAUUUGAAAAGUUCAACGUGUCUCACUUCAUGCUGCAGGUGCUGCCCACGUGCUCGGAACUUUUUGGCAAUUGCUUCUGGCUGGGGAAGGAAGUCAACUGUUGCGAAGUUUUUAAUCUUCAGAGAACAGAGGCUGGUUUCUGCUACUCAUUUAACUCACUCACGUCUGACAAUACAUGGAAUUGUGCCGAAUCGGAGGAGUUUUCUCGAUUCUUAGUAACCCAUGAAGAGAAGAACGAAUUCAGUGAAUGCGAGCCACGUCACAACAUCGCUUCCGGAACAACUACGGGGUUGGAAGUAUUCCUGAGGCCCUCAAGGCCUGAGAACUCUCUGCAAGAAGGACAGCGUGACAAAAAUGGGGCCCGGGUUUAUCUUCAUCACCCGGUGCAGUUACCUGAGGUUGGGACCGGCAUCCACAUGCCCGAAAAGAACGGCAUGGCGUUCAGGAUACAAGUGACGCCCUCAGUGACGGAAAGCAGCAUCGGUGUCCGGGCUCUCACCAUCUCUCAACGCCAAUGUUUGUUCCCGGACGAGUUGCGUCUCUCAGUGUUCAAAACGUACACACAACAGAACUGCCUUCUGGAAUGCAGACUUAGAAAUAUCGCUAGUUUUUGUGGAUGUCGCCCGUACGUCUUCAGCGCGUUCACAGCAGAUAAUGUUCCAGAAUGUACCCUGAUUCAACUCUGGUGCUUAACACAACAUAAUCUUGAGUUGAGGAUCUUCAGGCCUCCAAAGGGAACACGUGGUUUCGAAAAUUUGACCGCUAUCGACUGCUCUAACUGCCUGCCAACCUGCCAUAGCAGCCACUACGCCUUGCACUACAGUUACACUGACGACAGCAACCCCUAUGCCAGAGACAGCGGUGGUUACCUGGAAGUGUUCUACAAGGAUCUGUCUGCCAUUAAAUAUCAUCAGAAACUGGCUUUCGAUUUCAUGGAUCUGGUCGUGUCUAUUGGGGGUGUGGUCAGCCUUUUUCUUGGAUUCAGCUUGCUGAGUGUGCUUCAGUUCUUUUACCUCUGCGUCAUGAGAUGUGUCACGUUCUGGCAGAAUAUAAAAUGGCACACAAACACACUCAGACACGCCUGGAUAGAAUAGUAAAUAAUGUGUCAUGUGUGUCCUUAGAGUUCCGAAGAGCACAUCUUUAUAUUUUAUCAAAUGAAAUAAAAGAGUUUGAGAAAUUUUGGCAAAUUACUGAGAUAUGAAAGCACAUUUAUACAGUUAUUAGUUUGACCUUUGUCUCGUCUCUCCACAACACACAAGUCAACAUCUGAGCACGUGUACCUGUUUCUGUCCAUUACAGCAACGUCGGUGCCACUUUCUGACACAGUAAUAAGAAACAUAAACACAAUGUUUUAUAUGUUCUCCAAACUGCAUUAUUCAGAAACAAAAAUAUUUGGCGUACGAGUAGUACAGUCAAAGUGUAUAGCGAAGACGCUGCCUUCUGGGUUGUUUCGCCGUGUAGUCUGGUAGA